GCAGCUCAACUCUUCAGGGAAUCUGACACAUGCAGCAACCUGUCCCGUCAAAUCCCGCCAGAUCACCAUCUUCAACGCAGACCAAUUCUAUACCGUCUUUCAGCAUGAACGGGACAUCAAUUGGCGGGAAAACAUCCCUCGAUGCCGCCGACUACGAUCCUAUCGAACACCUAAAUCACCUCUUCCCGCACCCCUCCACCGUAACCUCCAUCAGCCGCGUUUCCGAUACACUGCAGACCCAUAAGAAUGACCUCGCUGUCGAAAUCACCAGCCUCGAGGUCGCCCAGGCCUAUGGUCCCGAUUCGAGCCUCGAGCGCAUGCAGUCAGCCCAAGCCGAACUCGCCCAGCUCUUCCGCAAGAUCGAGACAGUACGGUCCCGCGCAAUCCAGACCGAGCAGAACAUCACUUCUAUGACGGCCGAUAUAAAACGACUAGAUGGCACGAAACGGAACCUCACCCUGAGCAUGACGGCUCUCAAACGGCUUCAGAUGUUGACGACGGCAUACGAACAGCUGAGAGGCUUGGCCAAGACGAGGCAAUACAGAGACUGCGCGAGCCUACUACAAGCUGUGCUACAGCUUAUGAAGCAUUUCAACAGCUACAGGAGCAUUGAGCAGAUUGCCACGCUGAGCAGAGGCGUCUCGGAGCUGCAGCGGGAACUGUUGGAGCAGGUCUGCGAAGACUUUGAGAUCGCAUUUGCCAAGGGAGAGGUCACACAGCGCAGAGGCACACUGGUGGAGGCCUGUCUGGUUAUGGAUGCCUUGGGCGACAUGGCUCGGACGCGACUGAUGAACUGGUACGUCAAUACUGAACUGCGCGAGUAUCGCCAGGUGUUCAGGGGCAACGACGAGGCCGGGAACCUGGACAACAUCGGCCGCAGGUACGCGUGGUUCAAACGCAUGCUCAAGACUCACGAGGAUGAACACGCCGUCAUCUUUCCGCCCCAUUGGCGCGCGAAUGAAUUACUGGCCAUGGCUUUCUGCGACGGCACUCGAGACGAUUUCAAGGGCAUUCUCGAAAGAAGUAUGCGCAAGACGGAUGGGCAGAAAAUCGACGUCAACCUUCUCCUGAGCUGUUUACAGGAGACUUUGGACUUCGAACACGGCCUGGAAAGGCGCUUUGCCAACGAACCACGUGCCAGCAUAGACACCCUAAGCUCAUCCGACGACAGAGCAUCAAAUUUUCAUGGCUCUAUAUCAACCGCUUUCGAGCCUUACUUGAGUCUGUGGGUGGAGUCGCAAGACAAGCAGCUUGCUGCAAUGAUACCAAAGUACCGAAACCAGCCACUGCUGCCAGAAGACGAAGAAUUUUCCACGCAAGCCGUCAUAUCGUCGGCCAUUGAGCUCUUCCACUUUUACAAACUUACGUUAUCGCAAUGCGCCAAACUGUCUACCAGCGAUAGACUGUUGGAUCUUUCAAAGACGUUGGCAAAAUAUCUUGACGAAUACGCACAGCAAGUUCUGUUGCACAUUUUGCAAAGGGCUGGUCCUCAAGGGCCCCCGAUCCAAGACGUCAUUUUGGUAUUGAACACGGCAGAUUUCUGGUCUACAAAUACUACUCAGUUGGAGGAAAAUAUAAAGAAGCGCAUCGACAACGAGCUUGUCGCAAAAGUCGACCUGUCAUCGCAGGCUGAUGCCUUCCUUGGCGUAGCCAGCGCUGCUGUCCUGACAUUAGUACGUAACGUUGAGAUCGCCUGUGAGGGAUCUUGGCGUGAGAUGCGUAACACAGGCUGGAGCACCAUGGAGACUGUGGGCGACCAAAGCUCAUAUGUCGGUGAGCUUCUAUCUUCUGUGAAUGGCAAGGCCGAGGAGAUUUUAGGCCUUUUGGUCAAACAGCAAUACGCCAGAGCGUUUUGCGACAACUUGGUGGACCAUCUUGUAAAUGCCUACAUAAGCAACAUUGUACAAUGCCGCCCAGUUUCCGAGGUCGGCGCUGAACAGAUGUUGCUUGACAAGUACGUCUUGACGAAAGCAUUCGAGAAUCUCCUGUCCUACCACAACAAGUCAUCGUCGACACCGCACGCAGCACCAGCGGGCUAUGUGAAGCGAGUGAACCAGACAAUGAACCGCAUAGACCCUCUGCUCAAGACGCUGCAAGUCCGCCCUUCGCCGCCAGAGGGCUUGGUCCAAGCCUACCUGAUCCACAUUGCAGACCGUUCCGACACCAAUUUUAGAAAGAUUCUCGACCUCAAGGGCGUCCGCAAGGCUGACCAGGGUCACCUUGUGGAAUUAUUCGGCAUCCACCGCGAGGGCAAUCUCAGUGAUAAGCUCGUCCAGCAAUCUCCGCUGCUCACGCCGUUGAUGGCGACCACGGGGCUCGGUAGCUCCAGUCUUGGGGCCAUCAACGCGAGCACUGCUCUCACCAGCGCCAGCAGCGCCAUGCCCGGGUUGCCAAGCAAGUUUGACGCGACUUCUUUGGGCGAGAAGCUUCUGAGCGCAGCGAGGGACCUAGGACAGGGAACAGGUCCGGGGGGCAUCGCGGGUACGGAGAAGGCGACCAUGAAUGAGAACCUCAAGAACUUUGGCAAGUUCUUCCGGAGGGACAUUGGAGGUUUCGGCGCCAGGUUUGGGAAGAGGGACGAUAGUGCUGAUGGGCAACGAUGAGUGGGGGACUUGUGGUUUUAGGUAGUUCGAUAGAUCAGCAAGCAGGGUUAGAUAGAUGUUGAACAGGAUGGUCCCAACUGCCACUGCCACUGCCACUGCCACUUUUUGAGGUCUUGUAACCGUGCC